AUGGCAUCUCCGCUCCGAGUACCGCUGCCACGGCAACUGAAUCUCUUGCAACACACGUCUCCUCGAUUGAUGUUCAGAACACCAACCAUUGCCUCUCGCAGACUUGCCACGCGCGCCUUUCCUCCUUCAGAGCGGGCAUCUUACUUGCGGGACCCUAGAGGAGCAUGCAUUGGACUCUGUCGUCGCCACCACCACCACCACUCCUCCUGCUUCAAAAGCGGCAGAAGUGCGACAGGAUUACCCACCGUUGCGACAAGACGCUUCUUCGUGAGCCAUGGCAUGCUUUUGGAUAAGAAACCGGAGACGAAUAGCCCAUCACCAGCACCAGCACCAAAGACUCCAACCAUCCGGGCCAAGAUCCUCACCACGCUCAAAUCCAGCGGCGGCACAGCCGAACCCCCCACAGACUUGUCCUUCUGCGCUAGAUAUCCACCCAACCCAUCACCAGCACCAGCACCAAAGACUCCAACCAUCCGGGCCAAGAUCCUCACCACGCUCAAAUCCAGCGGCGGCAGCCGAACCCCCCACGAGAAAAUCUGGAACCUCCCCAACAGCCUCACCUUCAGCCGGCUCCUCGCCGCGCCAGCAGUGGGCUACUUCAUCCUCAGCUCGCAGCCGCUGGUGGCAUGCGGGCUCUUCCUCUACGCGGGGCUCACCGACCUGGUCGACGGCUACCUGGCGCGACGCUACCAGGCGCAGACGGUGGUGGGCACCGUCAUCGACCCGAUGGCGGACAAGGCGCUCAUGACCAUCUCGGCCGUCUCGCUCGCGGUGCAGGGCAGCCUGCCCGUCGCGCUCGUCGCGCUCAUCCUGGCGCGCGACGCCGGCCUCGCCCUGGCCGCCAUCUACAUCCGCUGGAUCAGCCUGCCGCCGCCCAAGACCAUGCGCCGCUACUGGGACUUCUCCCUGCCCUCGGCCGAGGUCCGGCCCACCGAGAUCAGCAAGCUGAACACCCUGCUGCAGCUGUUGCUGGUCGGCACCGCCAUGCUGAUGCCCGUGCUGCCGGCCGCGCUGGUGGACGCGUGGCAUCUGAUCGCCAUCUUUGGUGCGUUUCAGUACGUGGUUGCCGCGACCACGGUGUGGAGCGGCGCCAGUUACGUCUUCUCCAAGGAUGCGUUUACGAUUCUGACGCGGGAGGAGAUUGAGAGGAGGGUUGCGGAGAAGAAGAAGAAGAAGGGGGAGGGAGGGAAAAGAGCCAAGGAUAAGAAACAUCGUCACUCCGAGCCACACCAGAUACGGGGCCCUCGUUUCUAA